AUGGUUUUGAUUUGACUUUUAAAAUAUUCAGACGUUCAAAAUUUCAAUAAAGUGGUUUUUAAUUUGCUAUAUUUCACGUGAAAUAACAACAGAACUAUUGUUUUAUCUGACGAUAUUUAAGAAACCUGUAAAAUGUAUUUGAGGUAUUAUCUGAAUGAAAAUGGUGACAGACAAUACACACUAGCGACAGUAGAUCCAAAUGGAAAACCUACGCUAUCAGCCCAUCCAGCACGCUUCUCCCCAGAAGAUAAAUAUUCCAGACAAAGGAUAACUAUCAAGAAAAGAUUUGGUCUACUCCUCACUCAACAGCCAGAACCUAUCCUUUAGUCUGAUAUCAUGAUAGAUUUUUAUUUUUUAACCAUAAUUAAGUAAAUGUAAGCUAUAAGUAAAUAAAUAAAUUUCAUUUCAUCUUU